AUGCAGCCCCUCCCGCUUCUGGUGAUCUGUCUUCUGUUCCCCGAGCUGGACGCAGUGCAAAUCAUCGAUGGCAAUGAGUCCAAGCCUCAUUCUCGUCCCUACAUGGCAUUUCUUCGAAUGCAAUAUCCUAAUAAAAAGUGUGGGGGGUUUCUGAUCCGUGAAGACUUUGUGCUGACCGCAGUUCACUGCUGGGAGAACUAUAUCACCAUCACCCUGGGGGCCCACGACAUCACCAAGACGGAGCCCACCCAGCAGGUCAUCCCUGCGAUAAAAGCCAUCCCCCACCCAGACUACAACCCUGGGACCAGCGCCAACGACAUCAUGUUGCUGCAGGGUGACUCCGGGGGCCCCUUGGUGUGUGACGAGGUGGCUGAGGGGAUCGUCUCCUCUGGGCACACAGAUGGGAAACCUCCACGUGUCUUCACCAGGAUCUCCAGCUUUGUGCCCUGGAUAGAAGAAACAAUGUCACAGUUCAAACUCCAGGGACCAGGCGGAAGCGCCCGGGACUGA